AAUAAUAUUGAAACUAAACCCGAUACAAUAUUAACCCAACAGUAAAAGCGGCCGUCAAAAUCGAAGGAGAAGCUGCCGUAGUCCCAAGUACGAAACCCGGAAAGGUAGAGAGAAACGAAAAGAAAGAUGGAGAAAGGCAAAGGAAUAAUGGGGUCCGGCCGAAGAUGGGCCGUUGAUUUCUCCGAUAAUUCCACUGCUCCUUCUUCUCGUGACAUUCCCGAUCCUCCCGGCUUCGCUCGUGCCUCUGUGGAUCAGGACGAUUCGACUGUAAGUCGUCAAAAGAAGGAUGCCGAAUCCAAUUGGAAAGCUCAGAAAGCUUGGGAGGUGGCACAAGCACCUUUCAAGAAUUUGCUAAUGAUGGGCUUCAUGAUGUGGAUGGCUGGAAAUACUGUGCAUCUCUUUAGCAUCGGUAUAACUUUUUCUGCACUUUGGCAGCCUAUCAGUGCUCUUCAAGGGGUUGGGAAGGUUUUUGAGCCUUAUAAAGACAAUAAAGUAGAUCUUCUUGGGCCUAAGUUACUUUUCAUUGCCCUUAAUUUGGGGGGCUUAGCACUUGGUGUUUGGAAGCUUAACACGUUGGGGCUUCUUCCUAUACAUGCAUCAGACUGGGUGUCAUCCUUACCCCCUGCUCAGGAGGUAGAGUAUUCGGGUGGAGGUAUUCCUCUAUAAUAACGUGUUUGUUUGUCUUUGGUGAUCUGAUCAAUUUCUGGAGGUGGUGAGUUGACUUAUGGAAGGCGGGUCGAAAUUUCUUGUGAAGAUGGAGAACAACACGACCUUUAUGUUAAAUUUUAUGAAACAUGUAGUUGUAGUACGGCACGACAUGAUUAAGAACAUAGGAAUUGUUUAUUUUGUUGACUUACGAAUCCAAAACCUAAAUUAUGUUCAUUAUUUGGGAAAA